GCUCUUUUCAGAGCCACCUACAUUUUCUAACAAAAAGACGUAGCACUUACCUUUGUCAGUCGAAUGGAACAGACAGAACACCAAAGCAAACACCACCCGCCUUUUUAGCACACCAGGCUCAGUGACGUGGUUUCUCACAUUUUGAACCUUUUAAAACAUCUAGUAGCCUCUUUAUUUCGUGGCUUUCGAGUAGUACUGGACAGAUCAGGACUGAGUAUGAAGCCUGCCGCAGUCGGCCGUCCCUAGUUCCCGGGGCAGUACACGAAGGUUAACAUCGUGGGGAAUGCCCAAGGGCAUCGAUUUCGCACAGCACGCCCUGUCCCCUCUCGGAGUCAAGCCGGCAGGCCACGUCCUCCCACUGGCUUGAGUGGUCUACGUCUAGAGACUGGGAAGUCUCGCUACGGUCAGGCCUUGGUUUCCUUACCUGUCGGGGUGAGUGGAGUGCAUGGUCAUGUCCACGUCCGCAAGAGGAGCCACUUCUCCCCGUAAUGGUCUGUGAAGCCGCCCCCACCUCCCAUGUGAAAUGUACGCCUGGACAAGGAGACUUACUCCAGGCAGUGGGGGCAUAAGCCCUUGUAGUCCCCGCCUGUGGGAGGCAGAGGCAGGUGGAUCUGAGCUGGAGGCCAGCCUGCGCUCCAGAGUUCCAGGACAGCCAGAAACAGAGACGCCCUGUCUUGCGGGGGAUGUGGGGUGGCGGGGAACAGGUUAGAUACACCAUGAAAUCGCCACUCUGGUUUCUUCGAAGCUUCUAGCUGGAAUCCCUUCAGCAUUUAUAAUCUGUUGUCGCAAAUAUAAUUUCGUUUCACUUCCCUGUACUUAAAUGAUUUCAAAACCGAUCUGACUUAAGUAUUAAAGCAUGUGUUGUGCUGCAAACGUUUAACCCUAGCAUUCGGGAGGCAGUCAGGCAGAUCCGGGAGUUCGAGACUAGCCUGGGCCACGCAACGAUGAAUCACGUCGGAUACACUAAGGAAACUGUGUCAGAAUGAGAGCGAAAAACAGUAAUGACAGCAGUUUAAAUGGUUCCCAUACUAAAACGUUUUACAGGAUUUUUUGCUGCGUGGCACGGUUAAAUAAUUUUCUCAUUAGUUGAUUGUUUGGUUCAUUAAAAGGUAUUCCAAGUUAAACAGCAUCGUCCUAUAAAGUGCUAAAAGGGAAAACGUAAACGGGGAGAGGUAACGGGAUUUGCUUCCUUCCUUUCCAUGUAUAUCCUAUACUGUCAAAUUAUCUUUCUUGUUUAAGGAAGGUGGGGCAGGAAUCACAUUAAAUGGUGGGACACAGACUUUGCUCUUAAAUGGAGUAAAAUAGAAUUGAAAGCCGCUGAAUUCCUGCGCCGCUGAGAGCCCCUCCCCCUUCCGCAGGCACUUCCGCCUGGCGCUUCCUGCUUUCACUCCGGUCCGCACGUUCCCUAUAAGACAGAACUGCUUUCCCGGGAAGCCAUCAGUUUGCUUUUCGGCGGCUGUUCUCUUCUUUGUCAUCAUGUCUGGUCGCGGCAAGGGCGGUAAGGGUCUCGGAAAAGGAGGCGCCAAGCGCCACCGCAAGGUCCUGCGCGACAACAUCCAGGGCAUCACCAAGCCCGCCAUCCGCCGCCUGGCCCGGCGUGGCGGCGUCAAGCGCAUCUCCGGCCUCAUCUACGAGGAGACCCGCGGGGUGCUGAAGGUGUUCCUGGAGAACGUGAUCCGCGACGCCGUCACCUACACGGAGCACGCCAAGCGCAAGACCGUCACCGCCAUGGACGUGGUCUACGCGCUCAAGCGCCAGGGGCGCACGCUCUACGGCUUCGGCGGCUGAGUUAGCCAGGGGUCUGUGCGCCGUCUUUUACAUAAAGGCCCUUUUUAGGGCCACCACACCUUCUACAAAGGAGCUGAACCGGUUUCCAGUGUUACGAGGCUGUUUCCUUGGCCCGUAACCUACCUCCUCUGAAGUUUGGUAAAGAUUAACUUUCUCUGUCCUUCCGGGAACUGCAGCACUACAGGAACUGGCGCUGAUUGUUUCAGGAACCCCGCGGCCUCCCCACAACCACUGGGCUGCGUUUGGAAGUCCGAGGAGUUUCAUAAUCGGCAUUUAAGUGUGUAAGUGCACACUCAGGUACAGG